AUGGUCAACGGCACCACCACGGUGCUGGAGCCCACCUUUAUGGGAUAUGUUGCAACAACACAGGAUGCGCUGAUUCUGUUUGAAGCCUGUCUCACAGGCGUCCUGCACCAUGUCCCUCGUCGCCCCCACGAUCGGGAACGGAGCCACCUCGUUCGCAGCGGCAGCGUCUUCAUCUACGAGGAGAAUUCGUCGGGGAUCAAGCGAUGGACGGAUGGGGUGACUUGGAGUCCCAGUCGUAUCCUGGGCAACUUCCUGGUGUACCGAGAGCUGGAGAAGCCCUUUCCGCCAGGGGAGAAGAAGAGAGCGAUGAAGAAGGCCAAUCGGCGCCCGGUGCCGUCGACGCGACCGGGGGAGCCGUAUCCGCGACAGGAUAGUAACGGAGGCUAUUCUCCUUCCUCGACAACCGGGCCUUUUGGCGAUAGACCGCAUCAGUCCGACGUGGAACGUGCGCUGGUGGGCUCGCUGGUGGAUUCGUACGGUUUUAAGGAUUCGGGGUUGGUUAAGAAGACGAUGAGCGUAACGGUCUCCGGAGUGACGCAUCACCUGGUGUCUUAUUACAGCGUGGACGAUGUGCUCCGAGGGAUGCUGAAUCCGCCAUCGGUGGUCGAAUCGCUGAGAUAUAUCCGGCCCCGUGCAGAACUAACGCAGAAGCAAAGCUUCCGGGCCCCCAUUGAUGAUGUGGAAACUGGAGGGUUGGAGAAUCCGAAUGACCCGUCGCAUGCGCUAUACGGUUACCGACCUCACGCUCCAGGCUAUGCAAUGACGAACUCGCAUCCCGACUUCUACAUGCACCCGCCUUAUGCGGCGAUCCAUCCGCCCCAGUCCACACCAAUACCUGGAUACUCGAUGGGAGGGUCGAUUCCGGCACAAUCCGCCCCCAAUCCAUAUCUGCCUGCACCAUCCGCCCCUACUCAAAUCCCACAGAAACCGGAGGACUACACGCAGUUCCGACAGCCUUCGUAUGGCACCAGCUUUGAUGCGCUCGGCCACAACCCUCUAUCCUCGUCAAUCCCGUCGGUUCUCAACACGGCCAUGCCGAGUUCCUUGAGCGACCGCAACCGAUCCCAUUCCGACCACAGCCCGUCCGCCUACCGCAACUCAUCGAUAUCCUCGCGCAGCGUGGCCACGGACGCAACGUCACCGAUCGAUCCCUCGACUCCUGCUACAUACUCGCGGGGCGGGAGUUUCAGUCUGGGCCCGCUUGACGGGUCACAUCAGCAUCUGGAACACCGGGGGCUUGGGGGAUUUGACCCAGGCAUUUCGCGUCGGGAGUCGGGCCCUAUUCCUACGCCUUACUACACGGGCGGGGACCGACAUCAAUAUUACGUGGGGGCCACGGCCCCGGGCGCACACGCCGGGUAUCCAGUGUCGACGUGGACCACGGCACCACCCGCGCAACCUCAGAUCUGA